ACCAAAAAAACUAAACUCUACACGAUAGCGAACCCCUAUAUUAUAUAAAUCAUUUUUAUAUGGAUCAACAAAUCAAAUGCAAGCGGUAAAAACGGAAGGGAUAUUAGUUUUACACUCCAAAUAUUCAGUCUUUUCUCAGACCCCAUUUCCAAUAGAUACAGAGCUUCUUCUGUGAAAAAGAAGAAUCAAGUGUAUAAUAUUCUCCUAGUUGACAAUGGAUCAGUUUGACGAGUCCAUCAGGAAACAAGUAGCGGCACUUUUUCGAGUUAUAAGUUUUACAAGAUGCAUUAAAGAUGACAAUGUUCCGUGCAAAAUUGAAGAGGGUCUUUUCUUGGGUUCUGUUGGUGCUGCAAAUAACAAGGAUGCAUUGAAAGCCUUGAAUGUCACACAUGUAUUGACUGUAGCUAGUGCAUUGCUACCAGGACAUCCAAAUGAUUUCGUAUACAAAAUCAUCAAUGUUGCUGACAGGGAAGACACAGAUAUAAAACAGUACUUUGAUGAGUGUUUCAAUUUCAUUGAUGAAGCUAAAAGAUUGGGUGGUGGUGUUUUGGUCCACUGCCUUGUUGGAAGGUCCAGAAGUGUAACCGUAGUUGUUGCCUAUCUAAUGAAAAAGCAUGGAAUGAACCUAUCUCAAGCUCUGGAACAUGUAAAGACCAAACGUCCACGGGCAGGUCCCAAUUCUGGUUUUAUUACACAACUACAGGACUAUGAAAAAUCUCUUCAAGAUGGGAGGGCUACUUGAUGAAACUCUGAGAGGUCUAGCACCACAGGACAGAUAGCUUUUGGUUUGUUGUAAGGAAUACGAGUAAUCAUCUUUGUAGACAACUAUCUUAGAUUCAGAUGCUGCUGAUCAAAAUUUGAAAUAUACUGCAAAAUGGGUACAGUUAAUACAGAGAUACCAGUUGUUGGACAUUAUGUAUAUAAGCAGGAGUGAAAUACUAUUUAUGUUUGAUUUUGAA